GAGUCCAUCAAAAUCCUGGUUCGAAAAGCACAACGGCGGCAUUGCUGAGCUGCAACCCUUUCCAGGGCUUGGACCAGAACACAAGUCUCGAGCCGAGUCUCUUUGCUGAGAUUUUCGUUUCAUACUGUAAACCAAUUUCAUAGUGGAGUCUUCUACGGUAACCCACCAACACACUUGAAGCCAUGACUACUCGUAUAGCGCCGGGAGUUGGAGCAAACUUGCUCGGCCAACACUCCGCCGAGAGGAACCAAGAUGCCACUGCUUACGUUGGCAAUCUCGACCCUCAGGUUUCGGAGGAGUUACUAUGGGAGUUAUUCGUUCAAGCUGGCCCUGUUGUUAAUGUGUACGUUCCCAAAGAUAGAGUUACUAAUCUUCAUCAAGGAUAUGGAUUUGUGGAAUUUCGAAGUGAAGAAGAUGCGGACUACGCAAUCAAGGUGCUUAAUAUGAUUAAGCUUUAUGGGAAGCCAAUCCGUGUCAACAAGGCAUCACAAGAUAAAAAGAGCUUGGAUGUUGGAGCUAAUCUCUUCAUUGGAAACCUUGAUCCUGAUGUGGAUGAGAAACUUCUUUAUGAUACUUUUAGUGCUUUUGGAGUCAUUGUCACUAAUCCAAAGAUUAUGAGAGAUCCAGACACAGGAAAUUCUCGUGGUUUCGGUUUUAUUAGUUACGAUUCUUUUGAGGCAUCUGAUGCAGCUAUUGAGGCAAUGAAUGGCCAAUAUCUUUGCAACCGUCAAAUAACAGUUUCAUAUGCCUAUAAGAAAGACACCAAGGGAGAGCGUCAUGGUACUCCAGCAGAGAGAGUUUUGGCUGCUAGCAAUCCUACUUCAAAGAGCAGGCCUCACACACUGUUUGCCAGCGGGCCUCCAACACUUCCGAACGGUCCUCAGGUUAAUGGUGGUAUGGGUGCUCCAGUGCCACCACGGCCUUUUGCAAAUGGUGUUAUUCCUCCAAACCCAAUUCCUUCAAUGCGUCCACCACCGCCACAAGGUUUGGCUUUCCAACACAUGCAAGUACCCGGACAACAAGCUUGGCAGGGUCAGCCACAGCAACCCGGCCAAGGUCUUCCCCCACCGAUGAUGCACCCACCUCCAGUACAACAAUACCGACCACCUCCAAACAUGCCGCCCCCACCCCAACAGGGAAUUCAACUUCCUCAAAGGCCUCUUCCGCCACCCAUGGGGAUGGGAAUGGGAAUGGGAGGCCAACAACAACAGCCCCAUCACAUGGGAGGCCAACAACAGCCCCAUCACAUGGGAGGCCAACAGCCGAAUUGGCGGCUACCUCCACCGCCUCAACAAAGGCCUCCUCAUAUGCCUCAGGGAUUAGUUCCUCCCCCUCCUCCUAAUAACCUCCCGCCACCACCUCCCUCAAGUUGAUCUACUAUGUUGUUUGAAUCCCCCUUGGUUCUUUUGUUUCUUAUUAUUGUAGCAUAGUUUUUAUAUUUCUAUACUUGUGGCUAUUAAACAAUUUGAGAGAGAGACAUUAGAAGAGUUGAUAUAUUUUAUUUUAAUUUCUCUAAUGCCAUUUUGAGAACUUUUGACUUA